AAAGGAACGUUUAAUAAUUGAUCAAUAAUGCGGGCAACCAAUAAAUUAUCUGGGCAGAUAGCUAGUAAAUUAGCAUUGGUAAUUGUUACAUUAUUGAUUGAGCAAGCUGUUUACUGAUUGGCCGAUUUCAUAAAUGCAAAGUUAGCCAUUUAUGGUCAUUUCAUCAAACGUAUUUAGUAAAGUGAAUCAAGUAUCUCACUACUUAGAGAAAUGGCUGAGGAAGACGUUGCUGCCCUUGUUAUCGACAAUGGAUCUGGUAUGUGCAAAGCUGGCUUCGCCGGAGAUGACGCUCCCAGAGCCGUGUUCCCCUCCAUUGUUGGGAGACCAAGACAUCAAGGAGUGAUGGUGGGAAUGGGUCAGAAAGACAGUUAUGUGGGAGACGAGGCUCAAUCGAAACGUGGUAUCCUGACUCUAAAGUACCCGAUCGAACAUGGUAUUGUGACUAACUGGGAUGAUAUGGAGAAAAUAUGGCACCACACAUUCUACAACGAGUUGCGAGUGGCUCCAGAAGAACAUCCAGUGUUGUUGACAGAAGCUCCAUUGAACCCGAAAGCGAAUCGUGAGAAGAUGACACAGAUCAUGUUUGAAACUUUUAAUGCUCCAGCUAUGUAUGUUGCUAUUCAAGCAGUGUUGUCGCUGUAUGCAUCUGGUCGUACAACUGGUAUCGUGUUGGACUCAGGUGAUGGUGUGACCCACACGGUUCCGAUUUACGAAGGUUAUGCAUUGCCUCAUGCCAUUUUGCGUCUGGACCUUGCUGGUAGAGAUCUUACCGACUAUAUGAUGAAGAUCUUGACUGAGAGAGGUUACAGUUUUACUACUACUGCAGAACGUGAAAUAGUCCGAGAUAUAAAGGAGAAGCUUUGUUAUGUUGCUUUGGAUUUUGAGCAGGAGAUGGGUACUGCAGCAUCAAGUUCUGCUUUGGAGAAGAGUUACGAACUUCCGGAUGGUCAAGUUAUCACUAUUGGUAAUGAACGAUUCAGAUGUCCAGAAGCUCUUUUCCAACCCAGUUUCCUGGGGAUGGAAUCCGCCGGUAUUCAUGAGACCACUUACAAUUCCAUUAUGAAGUGUGAUGUAGAUAUACGAAAGGAUUUGUAUGCAAACACUGUAUUGUCAGGUGGAAGUACAAUGUAUCCUGGUAUUGCUGACCGUAUGCAAAAGGAGAUUAGCGCUCUAGCUCCCAGUACUAUGAAGAUUAAGAUAGUUGCACCACCUGAGAGGAAGUACUCUGUAUGGAUCGGUGGUUCUAUUUUGGCAUCAUUAUCAACAUUCCAACAGAUGUGGAUUUCCAAACAGGAAUAUGAUGAAUCUGGUCCCGGUAUUGUUCAUCGCAAAUGCUUUUAA